AUGGCAUCACACGCGAGAGACUGGGAGAAGUUCUUCAAGGAAGACAAGUUCACCAAUCAGUACAAGACUGGCGAGCAGAUUACCGGCCAAUUUGCCAAACUCCUCAUCGACCAAAGUGGCUUGGUCGCGAACUCCAAGGCCAACCCUGACUCGCCUCUCGUGGUGCUUGAUAAUGCCUGUGGCACUGGUAUUGUCUCCAGUAUCCUGCAGCACGAGUUGGGGGAUCAGGCUAAGAGUAACUUGAAAUUGACUUGCGGGGAUAUCUCGCAGGGCAUGCUGGACUAUGUCAACCAUCGGAUUGACAAGGAGAACUGGCAGAAUGUUGAAGUCAAAACGGUUGAUGCGCAGGACUCGGGGCUUCCCAGUUCAUACUUUACGCAUGUCAUCGCUUCUUUUGUAUUCAUGGCACUCCCCAAGUCCCUGGAUGCCCUUGACGAUUCCACUCGCAUUCUGCAACCGGGAGGUACUAUUGGUCUCGCAACUUGGAUAGAGCCGGGCUGGGCCUCUGUCAUGCAAAAGGCCAUCGAGACGAUUCCAGGGAACUUGCCUUUCCCCACCCCACAGGAAUUCGUCGAGUCCUUGGGUUCUGGUCAAUGGAACUCCGUAUCUUGGAUCGAAUUGCAAUUGAAGGAGCGCGGCUUCGAAGAUAUCAACGUUCGCCCCGUCACCAAGUCCAUGUCGAUCAAGGUUCCCAACCUUUUGGAAAUGUCCAUGAUCAUGUUUGCGAUGGUGUCCAAGGUGUUUUGGACAGAGAAACAGCGCGAGGAAGACACGGACAAGGUUCGCCCGGCGCUGGAGAGGUACCUGGAGACCACUUAUGGAAAGGAAGGAGAUGUUCCUAUGGAGUGGACGGCUAUUGUCUCGACGGCUCGCAAGCCAAAUUAG